UUGGUUUCAACUACUAUUUUCUAAUUCCAAAAGGUUCAGAAGUUCCAUUCAAUAGCUUAUAUAUACGAAAAAGAAAUUAUACCCUCAAGAUCAACGUCUCUUUCUCCUAUUGAUUUAGCUAAUUUGGAUUUCUCUAAGUGUUUUAUGAUGGGAAAGAUGGAAGGAAAGAGGCUACGACGACUAGUUUUAUUUUGGUUUACAAUUAUUAUCCAGCUUUUCUCGUUUCAUGCAAGGCACACUUCAAAUGACAGGAAUACUCCACCACACGAUAGACAACGGAUGAUACAUUCUCCUCCGGUCAAAUUGCACAUCUCAAAUCACUAUGUGGUGAUAGAUAAUGGCAUUGUUCAACUUACCCUAACAAAUCCAACGGGACAUAUUUCUGGGGUAAGUUACAAUGGAAUUGAUAAUCUCCUGGAGAAAAGGUUUCCAGAACCAAGGAGGGGUUAUUGGGAUAUCAUGUGGAAACUUCCAGAAGACAAAAGUAGCACUUUUGAUACGCUUUUCAUGAAAAAAUUCCGAGUUAUAAAAGAAGAUGAUAAUAAAGUUGAAGUUUCUUUUACAAAAACGUGGAAUUCCAAUGCUCACCAUGAUCUUCCUCUAAACAUCGACAAAAGGUUUGUGAUGCUACGAGGAAGUUCAGGAUUUUAUUCAUAUGGGAAAUUUGAACGUCCAGAGGGAAUGCCUGAACUUAGGCUAGAUGAAGCCAGGAUUGCAAUCAAGCUCAGUCAAAAAUUGUUCCAUUAUAUGGCUGUAUCAGAUGAUAGGCAAAAGGUAAUGCCAACAGACCAAGAUCGAAUUCAUGGCAAAGUUCUUAGCUACAGAGAAGCUGUUCAAAUUAUAAAUCCAUCCAAUCCUAAUCUCAAGAAUGAGGUUGAUGACAAGUACCAAUAUUCUUCUGAUGUCAAGGAUAUCAAAGUACAUGGAUGGAUUUGUGAUAAUCCACAUGUAGGUUUUUGGGUAAUUACACCAACUUAUGAAUAUACAAGUGGUGGACCAAUGAGACAAGAUCUUACUUCUCAUGCUGGUCCAACAUCCCUAGCUACAUUUUUUAGUGGGCAUUAUGCUGGUCCAGAAUUAGGAGUGGAUCUCCAACAAGGAGAGUCAUGGAAAAAAGUAUUUGGUCCUGUCUUUUUCUAUCUCAACUCUGAUUCUGGCAAUGAUCAUAGCACACUUUGGGAGGAUGCUAAAAGACAGAUGUUUGAAGAAACUGCAAAAUGGCCAUAUGAUUUCCCAGAAUCAAAAGACUAUCCCAAAGCCAAUGAACGGGCCACAGUUAAAGGCCGAUUGUUGGUUAACGACAGGUACGUUAGCAAAGAUCUUGUCUAUGCAAAAUCUGCAUAUGUUGGAUUAGCUCUGCCUGGAGAUGCUGGAUCAUGGCAAACAGAGACUAAGGGUUAUCAAUUUUGGACUAAAGCAGAUCGUACUGGACACUUCAAAAUUACUGGAGUUAUACCCGGAACUUAUAACUUGUAUGCAUGGGUCCCUGGAGUUAUUGGAGAUUACAAACAUAACCUUAACUUUACCAUCACCCAAGGAUGUGAAUUUAAUUUAGGUCGCUUAGUUUAUAAUCCACCAAGAAAUGGUCCAACUCUAUGGGAAAUAGGUAUUCCUGAUAGAACUGCUGCUGAAUUCUUUGUGCCUGAUCCAUUACCUAGCCUCUCCAAUCAUGUCUUAAUCAACAUUGUACAAAAGUUUAGACAAUAUGGUUUGUGGGAUCGUUACACAGAUUUAUAUCCAAACGAAGAUUUAGUAUACAGAGUUGGUGUUAGUGAUUACACAAAAGAUUGGUUCUAUGCUCAUGUAACCAGGAGAACUGAAAACAAGGAAUAUAUACCAACAACAUGGCAGAUUUCAUUUGAACUUAAAAAUGUGGAUCCAAAUGGAACUUAUGCAAUCCAUGUGGCAUUGGCUUCUGCUACUUACUCCCAUUUGCAAGGAAGAAUUAACAGAAUUAAUAGACCAAGGCCAAAUUUUGAGACCCCUGGACUUGGAAAAAGUAAUGCAAUAGCAAGACAUGGAAUUCAUGGACUGUACUCUCUCUUCACUUUUCAAAUUCCAGGGUCUGAUUUACAAAAUGGAGAAAAUAUCAUAUAUUUGAAGCAAGCUAAAGGUGGUAGUCCUUUCAUUGGAGUCAUGUAUGAUUAUAUUCGAUUUGAAGGACCUUCACAGUAAAUAUGGGGGGGAUUAUACUUAUUGAGAAAGUUUACGAGUACAAUUAAUUUAUUCACUUAUUGUUUUUCUUUUCGGCUUUUUUAUAUUAUUUUUUAAUAUCAAGAAAAAAAAUGUUGUCCCUAGGAUAUUUUUUUAUUUUUUUAUUACGGAGUAUUCUUUUUGUUUUGUUUUGGCUUGAAUUUGGACGGGGAAAAGUAGAUACAUUUCCCCUAAAAGGGGAUAUAUUGAUUCAACUUUAUUUAAUUGCAGUUAUAAUUCUUAGUUAUUUUAACUUUUUGGUGAAAUAUAUUAUAUUUCUUAAAAAUAAACUAAAUUGUCCUUGCUGAUUCCUCUUCCCUAUAUUGACUCAUCAUUUUCACUAAUGAGAAUUUAUUGGAUCAAAAAGAAUAAUUAACAGAGGCCUAUAUUGUUGACCGUGAGCCUAAAUCAUUAUUAAAUUGA